UGACAGGGAAAGAAAACGUAAAUAACAGUAGUGAAAAUCAAGAAGCGAGAAAAUUUUCGUCAUAUUUGCAAACCAGAUAUAUUGUACGGGAUAAUGAUCAACCCGCAAUGAGCGACCACAAUCCUCCGGGCCGAGGUAUCAGCAACAAUUCCAUCAGCAAACGCCCACGUCUGCUAUCGUUCCAAGGUCCAAGUUCGGAAUCGGCCACCGUCGAGCGUCCUCCAAUGGCUGCCGGGCCGUCGUCGAGUUCACUGGAGGAAAUCAAUGUGAGACAACCGGCGCUGGCGGCUCCUGAUCUGGCCAGCUGGCAGGAGGCACAGAUUGCGGCCUGCAUCGAAGACAAUACCAUCAACAUGGUACUGGAGCAGUAUUUGAGCUUUUUCGAGGCACGUCAUAACGGUGUGGAAGCCGAGAUGAUGGCCCGUGCAGAGGUGGCCGAAAUGGAACACCAGCAGGAGGUGCUGAUAGAAGAUCGUGCAAUUAUGGCCGCCAUCAGUGAGCGGGGUUUGCAGCCGGUGCAAGUUGAUGGAGAUGGUGAUUCUGCCGGAGGUGAUGACGAGGAAGACGGCGUCCCGGUUGUUCCUGUGGUGGCGGUUGAUCGCCGAGUGGACAUUGUCAACGAUGAAGGAUUGGAUUUGCUUGAGUCGGCUGUUGUCGCAGCAAUUCAGGAAAAGGGACUGGCCAGCAGCGGUAGCAAUCAGAGUGAGGAACUAGAGGAUGGAGCUGCCGGAAGCUAGUGCAUUCGUUGCAAACAUAAAUUGACUAUAUUUCAUCAAUAUUUAGCGUUCAGUCAUGUGUUAGGAUGUAGACUCGAUAUGGAAGCAUUAGACUGUAAGCUCAUCCGGUAAGGGAAAUCUCUUAUUGGAACACAAUAAAACCUUUUUUAUUUUAUCCUAGAAUUUAAAAGAAUAAUAAAAACGUAAUA